AUGGAAUUGGAGAACAUUGUUGCGAACACGGUGUACUUAAAAGCCAGAGAAGGGGGUGGAGGUAAACGCAAAGGAAAGAGCAAGAAAUGGAAGCAAAUUCUUAAGCUGCCUCAUAUUACAGUGUGCAUAGACCAGAAAAAUAAAAUUCGAGUCGGUGCAUUUGUUCGCCACCCUGAGCUAGCCGCAGCCAAAGCUAAUAGAGAUUAUGUACUGAAGCAAGUGUGUGAUGCUGUUGACACAAUAUCCGGUGUUGCCCAGGCAUCUGGACAAUCAGAGGCACAUCCUUAUGAAGGAGCUGGGGAACUGGCUGCUGCCCUUGAUGAAUUUGAUCAAAAGGUCAUCAUGGAUCCCAUGACAUAUAACGAGGUCAGAAGUCGCCCAUCUUUGGAAGAGCGUCUGGAGAGUAUAAUCAGCGGGGCAGCAUUAAUGGCCGACUCCUCUUGCACACGUGAUGAGAGACGGGAAAGAAUUGUGGCUGAAUGUAACAAUGUACGCCAAGCUCUACAGGACCUUCUGUCUGAAUACAUGCAUAAUGCUGGACGUCGCGAUCCUAGCGAUUCUCUGGACAGAGCCAUUGAGAACAUGUGCAAGAAGACACGUGAUCUACGUCGCCAGUUACGCAAGGCUGUUGUUGAUCAUGUCUCUGAUUCGUUCCUGGAGACUAAUGUUCCCCUCCUGGUGUUGAUAGAAGCAGCAAAGGCUGGCAAAGAGAGAGAAGUGGAGGAAUAUGCCGCAGUGUUCACUGAACAUGCCAACAAACUUGUAGAGGUUGCCAAUCUUGCUUGCUCCAUGUCUAACAAUGAGGAGGGAGUAAAGAUGGUUCGUAUGGCUGCAGCACAAAUAGAGAGCCUCUGCCCACAGGUAAUUAAUGCAGCCCGAAUUCUUGCUGCAAGACCAAAGUCAAAGGUUGCACAGGAAAACAUGGAUGUGUUCAAAGAGACCUGGGAGCGUCAAGUUCGUAUAUUGACAGAAGCUGUUGAUGACAUCACCACAAUUGACGACUUCCUGGCUGUAUCGGAGAGUCAUAUUCUCGAAGAUGUCAACAAAUGUGUGCUUGCACUACAAGAAGGUGAUGCAGACUCUCUCGAUCGUACAGCAGGGGCCAUCAGGGGGCGCUCCGCAAGGGUGUGUAAUGUUGUCACUGCUGAGAUGGACAAUUAUGAGCCUGGAGUUUACACUGAGAGAGUACUUGAUGCUGUCUCAAUGUUGCGUGAUCAAGUGAUGCCAAACUUUGCUGAGAAGGUAGAAGUUGCAGUGGACAGCCUCUCUUCCAGACCUCCACGUGAAGUAGAUGAGAAUGAAUUCAUCGAUGCCUCACGUCUCGUGUAUGAUGGCGUCAGGGAUAUACGUCGUGCAGUCCUCAUGAACAGAGGCCCAGAUGAGCUUGACACGGAAUCUGAGGUAGAAUAUGAGUAUGAUGACUAUGAAAACAGAAGCAUGAAUUCGAGUCAGCCAAGCACAUAUAAUAGAGUUCUUAACACAGAAGUCGACGUCACUUUGGCUUUGGAUUAUGAUCGUGAUGAUACUGCUAGCCACAUCACAGAAGAAGAGAUCAUAGGCCAAAAGAGUGAUCGUCAACUCAUGAGAGAGCUACCAGAAGAGCAACAGAUCAAAAUCAGAGCAGAGGUUGCAGACUUCUUGGAGGAAAGACGUAGGUUUGACAAGGAGGUACUCAAGUGGGACUCAACAGGAAAUGACAUCAUCGUUAUCGCAAAGCAGAUGUGUAUGAUCAUGAUGGAAAUGACAGAUUUCACAAGGGGUCGUGGACCAUUGAAGAACACGAUGGAUGUUAUUAACGCUGCCAAGAAAAUCUCAGAGGCUGGACAGAAACUUGAUAAACUAGCUAGAAACAUUGCAGAAGAUUGUCCUGAGUCUGCCUCCAAGCAAGAUCUGACUGCGUACCUACAGCGAAUUGCUCUCUACUGCCAUCAGUUGAACAUUACUAGCAAAGUAAAGGCAGAUGUACAGAACAUCAGUGGAGAACUCAUUGUAUCAGGGUUGGACAGUGCUACAUCUUUGAUCACUUCAGCCAAGAACUUGAUGAAUGCUGUGGUGUUGACUGUAAAGGCCUCCUAUGUUGCCUCAACAAAAUACCAGAAGAACAUGGGCAAGGCUUAUACAAGAGUAUCUUGGAAGAUGAAAGCCCCCGAGAAGAAACCACUCGUAAGAAGGGAAAACCCAGACGAGCUACGUGCAAAAGUACGAAAAAGUGCACAGAAAAAGAAAAUAGAACCAAUAAAGGCUCUUAGUGAAUUCCAAGAAAACUAAUGACAAUUGAAUUCCACUAAUUUUUUAACCAUCAGCAAUAUUCAGUACUAGGAAUUGUAGAAAUAGCUGGAUUAUUUCAACAUAAAUGGAGUAUGUGAACUUUAGUAAAACAUAUCAGCACAAAAUAGCAAGAUCCUGCCAAGAUGACAUUGUGGUAGGAGGGGGGGUGUUGUCAUUAAAAUGUUAUGACCCUUCCCUCCCACUAUAAGCCAUGCCGUUGCAUCACAGAUGGUGGCAUCAGUUUUUCAUUUCUCGUACAAUUUGUGCUUUUGUUGAAAAUGAUAUGGUGCAAGAUGCUUUGACAUGUUUGAGCUAUAACAUAAUAUUCCUUAUAUAUGUACAAUACAUGUAAUAUCUACUUGUCUUCCCAUUAUGUGAAUGUCACAUUAGUUCAUGUAUAUUUUUAGUGCAAGUCCAAAAUGUUUCAAUAGCUUUAUGCAUAAACAAUGUCACGUGUAAAAGAUCUGAAAGGGUUUGCCAGAUCAGUAAAAUCAGCAGGAGAUUAAAAGUGAUUAACUAUUGUUGCAAAUGCUUUAUUCAAUAGCCCUGUAAAAAUCAGGCUGUAAAUUCAGUUGAAAAUGUUGGAUUUAACCAUGACAGGUUGAGAUGUGGUAUUUAGAUGUAUAUUUGGGGGUCAUUGACAGAAACUUUGUUAAGUUACAAAUUUGUAAAUCA